CGUGUAAGCUCUCUGUCUCACUACAGACUUGACUCACUUUUUCAUCUCUCUUUCUCUGAAACUCUUUCUUUAUUUUCUUCAGAAAACCCUAAUUAGUAAGAUUGCAGUGAGUUAUUAAAAAUGGGUCAUAAUAAACCAAGAAGAAACAAAGGUCACGCUUCUAAUCAUAGGGGACAAUCCAGUAAUCUUUGUGAAUUUCCUAAUGAAGAUGGUAAUGGGGAGUCUCUCCCAAGAGAUCAAGAUGCUUCAACUGAAGAGGAAUCUGCAGUAUCAACUAUUCAACUUGCCAUGUGGGAUUUUGGACAGUGCGAUGCCAAGAGAUGCACAGGUCGUAAACUUUCACGAUUUGGUUUGUUGAAGGAGUUGCGGGUGACUAAUGGCUUUGCUGGAAUUGUUCUAAGUCCUGUUGGGACGCAAUGUGUCUCAAAGGAAGAUCACCCAUUAAUGAAGAGAAAAGGGCUAGCUGUAGUAGAUUGCUCAUGGGCCCGCUUGGGUGAUGUGCCUUUUGUGAAGCUUCGUUGUGGUGCUCCUCGUCUCUUGCCGUGGUUAGUGGCAGCAAAUAACGUAAAUUAUGGCCGGCCAUGUCAGCUAUCCUGUGUGGAAGCAUUGUCUGCCGCUCUAAUUAUAUGUGGAGAGGAGGAUGCAGCAAAUGUGUUGUUAGGCAAAUUUAAGUGGGGUCACGCGUUCUUGUCUCUGAACAAGGAGCUAUUGAAGGCAUAUUCGCAAUGCAACAACAGUGCAGAAAUUAUUUCCGUUCAGAAUGAUUGGCUUGCCAAGAACGCUAAGGCGCCAAAGGAUAAUUCUCAAGAUGCAGAUGGGGGAUUUGAAGUAUCGCGAACAAUCAAUGAAAGUGGGUCUGACUAUGAUUCUGAAGAUGGACUUCCUCCACUGGAAGAAAAUCUGAAUCACCUUGCCUUGGACGACAGCGAGGAAGAAAGUGACUGAAUGCCCAUUAGAAUGCAAAGUGUCUUUAUGUUUGUUCCUGCCAUCUUUCUCAAAAUAUUGUAUUCUAUUUACGGUAUAUGUAAAAGAAGAAAAGUUAGGAGCUAGCUAUCAGUAAAAGAAGUUACAUUGUGCUUUGAAACAUCACUACCACCACACAUUCUGUCAAUAAUUACAUCCAUCAAGUCAAUCAUGCCAAAUAAUAUCCGAUGAAA